AUGUCUGUCGAAGGAGUUCGUAUUCUUGCACCCGUGCUUGGCGAGCAUGCCUCGAUCCUCACGCCUGAGGCUAUCAAGUUUCUUGUUGUACUGCACCGAAGCUUCGAGGGCGUGCGUCAAGAACGUUUGAAGGCUCGUGCUGCACGACAAGUCGAGCUUGAUGGAGGCAAAACGCUAGACUUUCUUCCUCAGACACGUCAUAUUCGUGAGGACCCAUCAUGGCGUUGUGCGAUCCCCUCACCAGGGCUGCGCGACCGCCGUGUCGAAAUCACCGGCCCAGUGGACCGAAAAAUGGUGAUUAAUGCGCUGAACUCGGGCGCCUACACUUACAUGGCUGACUUUGAAGACUCGAACUCGCCAACUUGGGCUAAUAACCUUGACGGCCAGGUUAAUCUGCGCGAUGCAAUCAACCGUCGUGUUGACUUCAAGGCAUCGAACGGCAAGGAGUACAAGCUACGCCCCGCCAAUGAGUUGGCAACACUUAUCGUUCGCCCCCGUGGCUGGCAUCUGAACGAAGAAUCUUUCCAUGUUGACGGCAAGCCCAUGUCUGGCGGUCUGUUCGACUUCGGUCUGUUCUUCUUCCACAACGGUCACCAGCUUGUGAAGAACGGUCUCGGACCCUACUUCUAUUUGCCAAAGAUGGAAUCACACUUGGAGGCUCGUUUGUGGAAUGACGUGUUCAACCUCGCUCAGGACUACGUCAAUAUGCCUCGCGGCACCAUUCGUGGUACUGUGUUGAUUGAGACAAUUACUGCCGCUUUUGAGAUGGAGGAAAUUCUGUACGAGCUGCGCGAACAUUCAUCCGGUCUUAAUUGUGGUCGCUGGGACUACAUCUUUUCAUUCAUCAAACGCCAGCGUUACAACAAGUCAGCUGUGCUUCCAGACCGCUCCGCAGUUACCAUGACGUGCCCCUUUAUGCAGGCCUACGUUAACCUGUUGAUUCAGACGUGCCAUAAGCGUGGUGCGGCUGCUAUCGGUGGUAUGGCUGCCCAGAUCCCUAUCAAGGACGACGCAAAGGCCAACGAAGCCGCUAUGGAGAAGGUCCGUGCUGACAAGCUGCGUGAGGUGACAGCUGGCCAUGACGGAACAUGGGUGGCCCACCCUGCACUGGUGAAGAUUGCACUUGAAAUUUUCAACAAACACAUGCUUGGCCCCAAUCAAUACCACGUCCGUCGGGAGGAAGUGCGCGUGUCUGCACUUGACCUACUCAAUCCCAACGUGGAUGGCAAGAUUACCGAGGGCGGUGCGCGUGCGAACGUGUCCGCUCUGCUCGCCUACUGCGCGAAUUGGGUCAAAGGCAAUGGCUGUGUGCCGAUCAAUCACCUCAUGGAGGAUGCCGCGACAGCUGAGAUCUCGCGUAUUUCGCUGUGGCAAUGGGUCUUCCACGGUUCAAGCACUGUAGAUGGUAAGCCGGUGACGCCACAGUUUAUCGAUGAAAUCAUUGCCUCAGAGGCCGCGAAGCUGACCAAGUUGGACAAGAAUGCCGUCGAUCUUGCUCGCCGUUACCUGUCUCAGCAGGUGCGUGCAAAGGAGCCAAGCGAGUUCUUGACCACUGACUUGAUGGCCCAUAUCGACAAUUCGAUCUCUCAAUCGCGGAUUUAA